CAACUCUGGAACGCACACGUGCAUCAAUUGCUGAAGCAAUUUCUCUCUUCCUUCAAACCUCCAAUUCAACUCUGAUCCGCAAAUCCAUUGGCCUAUUCAAUCCUUUCCCUUUCUUCAAUCAUUCAAAUUCUCCAAUCAACAAGGAACCAUCGACAAACAACCAUGUCAACCGCUUCCGAACACACAGCACGCAAUCGUUUAGCCACUCUCGCAGCUCACUUAUUUCCCUCCGACGUUGCCGCCACCGCCACGAUCCAACCCCUCCACCUUUCCGCGGCCUCCGGAGCCUCGCCGCCUGGGAACCUCAAAGGUACCCUCACCAUCGUCGAUGAGAGGACCGGAAAAAAGUACCAGAUCGAGGUUUCCCCAGAAGGCACCGUUAGAGCCUCUGACUUCAAGAAGAUAUCAACUGGGAAAAAUGACAAGGGACUCAAGCUUUAUGAUCCUGGCUACUUGAACACUGCUCCAGUCAUCUCAAGGAUUUCUUACAUUGAUGGUGAUGCGGGAAUCCUUAGAUAUAGAGGAUAUCCGAUUGAGGAAUUGGCAGAGAAAAGCACCUUUACGGAAGUGUCAUAUCUCAUAAUGUAUGGAAAUUUGCCUUCUGAAAGUCAGUUAGCAGCAUGGGAGUUCAACAUAUCACAGCAUUCAGCUGUACCACAAGGAGUUUUGGAUAUAAUAAAAGCAAUGCCACAUGAUGCACAUCCGAUGGGUAUGCUUGUUAAUGCCAUGAGCGCUUUGUCUGUUUAUCAUCCCGAUGCAAACCCUGCUCUCCAUGGUCUUGAUAUCUACAACUCAAAGCAAGUGAGAGACAAGCAAAUAGCACGGGUUAUUGGAAAGAUAACGACAAUUGCUGCUGCUAUUAAUCUUAGAUUGGCAGGAAGACCGCCUGUGCUUCCAUCCAACAAACUUUCUUACACAGAGAAUUUCCUAUACAUGCUAGAUUCUUUUGGCAAUCGAUCAUAUAAACCUAAUCCUCGGCUAACUCGAGCGCUAGAUAUUAUCUUCAUCCUGCAUGCAGAACAUGAAAUGAAUUGUUCUACAUCCGCUGUGCGGCACCUCUCAUCAAGUGGUGUUGAUGUAUAUACUGCUGUUGCUGGGGCUAUUGGAGCUCUAUAUGGACCUCUUCAUGGUGGAGCCAAUGAGGCUGUACUCAAAAUGUUGAGUGAAAUUGGAACUGUUGAGAACAUUCCAGCGUUCAUUGAGGGUGUUAAAGCCAGGAAACGAAAGCUCAGUGGUUUUGGACAUCGUGUGUACAAAAAUUAUGAUCCAAGAGCAAAGGUCUUAAGAAAACUGACAGAGGAAGUGUUUUCCAUUGUUGGCCGGGAUCCUCUUAUAGAGAUUGCAGUGGCCUUGGAGAAGAUUGCACUGUCUGAUGAGUAUUUCAUCAAGAGGAAGUUAUAUCCAAACGUUGACUUCUACUCUGGAUUAAUUUAUAGGGCCAUGGGGUUUCAACCUGAGUUUUUCACUAUUUUAUUUGCCAUCCCUCGAAUGGCUGGAUACUUGGCACAUUGGCGAGAGUCCUUGAAUGAUCCUGAUACAAAGAUUAUGAGACCUCAGCAGGUUUACGUUGGGGAAUGGUUAAGGCAAUAUACACCCAUGAAUCAAAGGACUGUAUCAGGUAACACUGAUAAACUUGGUCAAUUGACAGUAUCAAAUGCCUCAAAGAGGCGACUUGCUGGAUCUGGGGCAUAACUUGGAUUUACUAGUGAAACUGCCAAAGUGAUCAAUAAAAUCUAGCUCCAGAGAAACUAUAUUUUUCUUCUGGUACAUAAAAGUAUAAUGGUUUAUGUAUAAAUUAUGGCACCAUGAAUAAAAUCAUUAAAUAAAAAACAGACUAUGGUGUUAGUAUUUUGUUUCUUGUUAUUUUUCUACCUGGAAAAAACUCCUUGUAUUUGCAAUGCCAUAUAUAAUUUUGAUAACUCAGUCUCAAUGUAUUGAAUUUGGAACA